GUUUUUCAGAUGUCUGAUAUCAUUGAUCCAUAUACACCACUGUCUAUAUUAAGAUCUCCAAGACCUCUUAUAUUAAUGAGAGGAAUCAGAGUGUAUCUAAUAGUGCAACUUCCAAAGGCUAGAGUCAAUUCUAUUUUCAGGCGAUCAAGUCAGCAAGUUUGGAGUGUGACAAUAUUUCUUGUGUUCUUUCUAACUCUAUAUGGUAUACUGGGUGUACAGAUGUUUGGAGCGUUAGAUUAUCAUUGUGUUAAGAAUAGUUCAGUACCAGGUGUUUUUACCGUGUAUGAGACAGCUUCCCAAGAAGGAUGGGUUUUUAUGAUGUACAGAGUUAUGGAUGCUUUUCCAUCAUGGAGGGGAUAUUUCUUCUUCACUACCAUGAUAUUUUUUCUUGCUUGGCUGGUUAAGAAUGUAUUUAUUGCGGUUAUUAUUGAAGUAUUUGCUGAAAUUCGUGUUCAGUUCCAACAGAUGUGGAUCAGUAAUGCCAAAACCUCAGCAGCAUCCGCAUCACAAGUAAUUCAUGAUGAUGGAAGUGGCUGGAAAUUGGUAUCAGUUGAUGAAAACAAGCCUGCAGGCUUUGCACCACGUUGUUGUCAAAUUAUUCUUCAAUCUCGCAUAUUUCAUUUAGCUGUUCUAUUAUUAGUCUUUGCUGAUGCAGUGAUUGCAGCUACAUCUUCUACGUUCACUGAUGAUGAAAAAAAGCAGAAACAAUAUAAAGAUUUCCAGUAUUAUGCACAGAUUGUCUUCACUCUAAUUUUUGACUUUGAAGUCUUGUUCAAGAUAAGUUGUCUCAGUUUUUCCGGGUUCAUCAAGCGUUCACUGCAUAAAUACGAGUUACUUUUAGCUGUGGGAACCACGAUACACAUCAUACCAUAUUUCUACCAUACACAGCUGACCUACUUUCAGGUUGUGAGAUGUACUCGACUUAUAAAGGGAUCACCAACUUUAGAAGACUUUGUAUAUAAGGUAUUUGGACCGGGUAAGAAGCUUGGAAUUCUCAUAUUCUUCACAAUGAGUUCAUUAAUUGUGGUUUCUGUCAUCAGUCUUCAGUUGUUUUGCUUCAUACCAAAAUUGGAAAAUUUCAUGACCUUUCCUCACGAAGGGUGGGUUGAUAUAGUGAAUGGAUGUCUGUUAGGGGUUCAGAAACACUACGCACCGCUAGUAAUCUUUUUCUUUAUUAUCUACCAUCUAUUCACUAGUUCGGCCUUCAUGUCCAUGUUUCAAAUCUUAACACAGAAAGGCUGGGUGGUUGUUAUGUAUGAAAGCAUGUUUGCCACUGGAUCAUUUGCACCCAUCGUGGCUAUUUACUUCAUCUCCUACCAUCUCUUUGCUACUGUGAUUGUACUCAGUUUGUUUGUUGCUGUUAUUCUGGAUAACUUGGAAUUAGAUGAAGAAGUGAAGAGAUUAAAACAAAUUAAAUUCUCUGAAGAAGUUAUGAGUACCAAAACAAAGUUACCCCUCAGACUUCGCAUCUUUGAGAAAUUUCCUGAUCAACCACAAAUGGUAAGAAUGUACAAACUUCCGUCUGAUUUUUCCAUUCCUAAAAUAAGGGAAAGUUUUAUGCGACAGUUCAUUGAGACAGACAGCAAUAUUGAAAAAUUACUGAAAAGCAGCAGCAAAGUUGCCAACACAGCCAAUGUACCACAGACAUAUACCCCACCUUGUCAAAUGAAAUUAUUAACAUGGAGAUCCUCUGUGCCCUUAAGAACUGCUAAUAUGUCACAGAAGAAGCAAGGAAUUACUGUAAUUGUCAGAGAUUCUGGCAAUCAAAGAUUGUUGUCAAUAGGAGAUGCAAGUCAGUUUGUUAAAGAAGGACAGGGGUUACUGGGACCGAUGGAGUAUGGAAGCAGAGAUAGAAGAGCAUUGAGAGCAGGUUCUGUAAGGGGAAGCAAAGCGUUUGAAGCUAUCAAAGACAACGGCGAUUCAUUAGCAAAUAAAAGUGUUGAAAUAGACAUCAAGGUAAUACAAGAAAAGAAACAACAAGCUGAACAGAAAAGGAAUGCACAAGUGGAAGAGUUGAUGGAAAAUCAUCCUUAUUUUGAUACCCCUUUACUUGCCAUGGGUCAACAAAAUAAAAUUCGUAAAUGUUGCAAAUUAAUUGUGAAUACCCGAUAUAAGGC